AUGCUACACUCUGGAGUCCAGACUGGAUCAGACAACCACUCUCUGGUCUACCUUGAAAGGGGGAUCUUGGGUCAAUCUCCGGGAAAAGAAGGAAGCCGGCAAGAGCAUAAACAAAUUAAGAAGACAUUUCUUUUUAAGUAUAAAUCGUUUUUGAUUAGAAUAUACCUAAUUCUUCUGGAAAAUCUUUAUUUGGUUCACAACAAGUUAACAAGGUUAGGCAUUACAACAGAGGUACCACUAAUACCUGCUUCUGGUUCUCCAUCGGCUGGCCCUCCGACACCAGCUCCUGGUUCCUUGCCGGUGGCCCAGCUGACACCAGGUCCUACCUCCUCGUCAGUGGUCUGGUCAACACCUGCAAUACCAGAACAACUACCUGAACCUGAACUGCAACAGAUUCCUGUCCCUGCUGUCCAGCCACAACAACCUCCUGCUCUGGCUGAGCUCCAAGUGACAUUGGUUCCUGUGCUAAAACAACAGCAGCAUCCUCACUCUGCUGUGCAUCAGCAGCUCCUUGGUUCUUUGGCUUCACUGGCUCUGACGUUAGCAGCUCAGUCAUCAGUCUCCAGCUCCUCUGUCAUGUCACUCGUCUCCAGCUCUGGGGUUCACUCUGGUUCCCAGCCCUGCUGUCCUGUUGACUGUCUGCCUCUCUUCUGCCCUGUUGUGGGUCUCCAGCCCAGCUGCUCAGCCACUGGUCUCCAGAGGGUCUAAGCCAGGGGUCUGCA